CUACAUUCAGGUUCAACUUCCCAGCGGUUGGGGAGAAUACCACUGGUCAUAGGUAUGCUGGUAAUGAUUGGACAGAACUUUGACAUCAGCGCAGGCAUUGUGAAUGGCUGCAUAGGCAAUUUACAUAGUAUUCGCUAUUCAGUGGACGUAAAUGGUCAGCGCCACGCUAUGUCAUGUGUGGUACAUACCCCAUCUACUCAGGUGCAUCAGUAA